AUGUCCGAUCCGAAGACGCCUGGAAAUCCCGGCCAAACUCCUUUCAGGCUGUCUCGGUACGAAAUAUACCGCCGCUACAUCUUCGAGAGAUGGGCUGAAAACCUCGAGCUUCCUCUGUACGAGCGAACCGAGGACAACAAGGUCAUUCUCCAUAAUGGCGAGCUUUAUUGCCGAAUAAAGGGUUGCUGGCUGGGAUUCGUUGCUUUCAAUAACACAAAGAAUCUGCGCCGUCAUCUCCUCAUCGCCCAUGAGUGUGCAGUGGAGAACAUGAAGCGCAAUCUGAACAACAAUGAUCGACUUGCUAUUCUCGGUGAGCGUCCUAAUCUAUAUCGUUAUGUCAAGUCUAACUCUAGACUAGGCUGGUAUGAAUCGCUCUUCUCUGGCACUAGGGUUGAACUUGACAUGGACUAUCUUGAGAGUGACCGAGGCUACUACGGGGACCCCUCUCGUUAUGACGGUCAUUGGCUGCGAUCUCUUUUUGACUAG